AUGGAAAUUCUGGACACCGACUGCCUCUCCAACAUUUUCCUCAAUCUCGACUUCAUAGAACGGGUUAAACUCGAACAAGUAUGCCGAAUCUUCUCAUUAGUUAUACAGGUUUUGAUUUGGGAAAAUUAAAGAUAAUUACGAGUAAUUCUUUCAGCAACGACACACUUUCAGCGAUAUGAAAAAGGUCAACAUAGCGAAGUUUUUAGUGACCAAUUCUACCGAGUAUUAUCAACAGGUUCUUUUUUUCAUUCUUUCAUGUCUGAUCAAAGAAGUUGACGGAAAACUGAGAAAUUUGAGCUUUCAAGGUAAAAAGAAGGAAUAAUUUCAUGAGAAAAAUGCCUUUUUACUCUCAACUUUACACUUCUUUCCAUAAAAAAAUAUUUGAAAAAAACUUGAAAAUUUCGAACGAUUGGAAACAAAAUCUGCUUCUUUUUUUCAAUUCAAGAUAUUUGAAAUACGACUCAAAAAUAAAAAGAAAUUUUUUUGCUGCAAAUCCAAAACCCCUCUAAAGUUCUGCAAUCGAUUGACGCACAUCCUUGAGAUUUGUUUUCCGUAUCUCUUUAACUGUCCAGACUUGACUUUUCUGCCACAUCCCUACUUUCGAACUGUGGCAAUUUUCAGGAAAGCAUCAAUUUCCUGCCGACGACCCUAGGAGUUCUGACUCGCUGCGGUCCAUACGUCCGCGAACUUUCUUUCGGACAAAUGUGGUUGCGAAUCUCGCAGCCAAUCAUCAACUCAAUCGCCCAGUUAGCGCUUGUUUGCUCCUUAGGGCUGAAAUGAGUCGGCUGCAAAAUAUCCACCGUCCGCAUCUUCACUUGUUUUUGUUUUCCUCCGGCUGUACUUGACUCGUGAGCAACGAAAAAUAGGACCAGCAGGUGUCCAUGAGGCAGAAAAAGUCAGGGUCUAAUUCCAUCGACAGCUGUUUUUAACCAAAAGUCCAGUUUGAGUUUACACCAAUUACAAGAACAUUGAACGAGCUUAUCACGAGUUGAAAUCCCAGCCAAAGUGUCACGAGGAGCUACAAACGGUGCGCAGGCAAGAACAAACCUAAACAAGCACGUGCGGACCUCAAGAGAACACUGCGGACGGCGGGAUAUAUACAUUCAAAAGAGCCGCGAAAGCUUUUAGAGCAUGGAUAGUGCACCCAGCCAACUGAAAAUGUUCUUUUCUAAUAUGAAAUAAUUUCAGAGAAUGCCGACGGAUCGAAGUUCUCGACUUGGGGGCGACGAUUAUCAACGCCGACGUCACACGUCUUCUGGAGCAACUGGCUCCUCAGCUGAGGGAAUUUUCUUUGGAAGAAACCAGCUGGGUGGACAUGGAGCACGCGAAGAAGGUAACUAUUCGAGAUCAUUGCGGAAUAGCAAGAAAUAAUCGUCUUUAAACCAUUGAUCAAAGACCGAAGAGCCUACGUAGGUCUGGUACGUUGAGUGGAUGCAACUCAAAGAGUGCGAAAAGAUAAACACAAAGUCGACUUUUUGAUGAAAAAUGGCUAUUCAAAAGUACAGUUUUUUUUUUCAGAUACCACUGCUAUUCGAGAAGAUGACUAAUCUGAGGAAGGUGAAUCUGCGAUCGGCAACUUUUCCCUUGCAUUUGCUUCCGAAACUUUCUUCGACGUUGACGUAAGAUACAGAGAACUUCGAAAUCAAAAAUUGAGAAAAAGCAACACAAAAAAAAUUUUUUUUUCAUUUAGUUUUAUAUUUUAGACGACACACAAAAUUCUUGUGAUAAAGAAUGUAUUUACAGACAUUUGGAGAUCAGCGGAGCGCGAUGGUUUGAUGCAGAGGUCCUGUGUGAAUUUCUCUCUACCCACAAACACCUGGAGCAACUGCACAUGUGUCCAGCGCCAGCACUCGACGACAACGUUUUGGCUGCACUGGAGAACUGCGCUGAAACCUUGACGCACCUCUCUAUCGGCCACGUUCAUCCCCGUCUCAAUUUCGACGCCCUGUGUUCCCUCAACAACAUCCGUCACUUGAAGCUUGAAGUAAGGAUGGCUUUUCAAAAACAUGCAAGAAGAAAAAAUGAUUCAGAGAAUAGACGCUCUGACGGAAAUGUCGCUGCAGCUCAUCUUAACAUGCAUGCCAAGCCUCGAAAACCUCGAAGUCCUGCACUGCAUGGGGAUCCACGACUACUCCGCCUUGGCACUAUGUUCUCAGCUGAAGGCCCUCGAAAUCACAGACACUCAUCAACUUGUCAACGAUCAUUUUAACACUUUGGCCUCCUAUGGAAAGUUAGAGGUGCUUAAGCUGACCAAAUGCCUCAACAUGUCGACGAGAGGGAUCACAACAGUUCUCACACGCUGUCAGCUUCAGGAGGUAAGCGUCCUCUCCUCGUCGUCGCAAAACAUUUCAUUUUCAGCUCUGUAUCAACUUCUGCACUGAAAUGACCGACGAGAUGAUGUACACGUUGGCAGCGACGCAGCGUUCUUUGAAAAAGAUCGGAAUUCAAGGGUGCAGUGGAAUCACAAGGUGAAAGUUGGAAUAAGAGAAGUUCAACGUCUUCAAAGUUUCCAGCAAAGGCGUGUCGGCUCUGGCAUGGCUGCGCAAUGUACAGGAGCUCCGAGAAGCCGACGUCUCCCAGAAUCGGAAUGUCGACGACGCCGUCAUCAUGUCGCUGCACAACGCCCUGACCAUGUCCCUUCGGAUGGCAUGCACGGCUUCUUGCGAAGAAGAGGAAAGACCCAACGACCAGUGUGAACAUCAAGUGGAGGGCAACAGGAAAAAUGAAAAGGUACUAGAAUGGGCAAAAAAAUACAGGAUUUUUUUUUACAUCAUUCUUGAAAUUUCUUAUACAAAAAGUUUGUAGAAACCUCUUCAAGAUUUCAAGACUGAUAACAAUAUGUUUUCCACUUUCAGCAGCUCGAUAUGUACAUAUUCAACACGAGCAUCAGCCCAACAAUAGCAGAACAGGUCAAAGAUUUGAUCACGCUCUUGUGA